AGAAAAGUGGGCGCGUGAGUCGUGUGCUGCAGCGUGGGAACAGUGUGAAGUUCAACCAGCUAGACGCAGCGUUGUCUGAAGUUCGUUGUUGUCAAUUUGUUCCAUAUAACUUCAGAUUUCCGAAAUCGAAUUACCGACACCUUUUGUUUCGGUGAAAUUUAUCUCGAAGAAAACAUUUCGUUAGCUCAAAACAUGUUUUGGGUGAAGUACUUUCUGAUUGCUGGCGUGAUGCGUCUUGCAGAGAACAAGGUGCUUUUGCCACCCCCUGCUCCGGGCUCUGAUGGCAAGUGCUCGGACCCAGCCACGUAUUUGCACAAAACAGUGAAACUCUGCUGCAGUUUGUGUAAACCAGGAUUUCGUCUGAAGAAUGCCUGCUCAGAUACUUCGGACACGGUCUGCCAGAAGUGCAACGAGGGAACCGUCCUUGCGACUCCAAAUUAUUCCAAAAACUGCUUCAGGUGUUCCCGGUGUCAAGAAGACAUGGGUCUGAUAUACACUAGAAACUGCAGCAGCUCAGCUGACGCCACGUGUGCAUGCAGGACGGGCACCUACUGCAUCAUGCGGGAUCGCGACCACCGCUGCAAGGAAUGCAGGGAGCUCACCCGCUGCCCUCCGGGAGAGGGAGUCUCCAAGCAGGGUACAGAUGAUUCUGAUGUUAGUUGUUCACCCUGCCCUGAUGGAACCUUCUCAGACAAAGCGUCCUACACUGAGACUUGCCAACAACACACAGAUUGUGAAUCCCAAGGAGGGAGGACUGUUCGCCCUGGCAAUGCCACAUCCGAUAGAGUAUGUGUCCUGACCACUGGCACCCCAAUCACAACGACAACCAUAACAACCACAACCUCCGGUGCCCCUAGCACAGCCAGCACCCAUGCCACAUCCAACACCUUUACUACUGCUGACAGACGCACAGCUGUUUCCAUCUCCAAGUCCAAAACCCCACCGCUGGACAGUGUUGCUAUCAUAGUUGGAGCAGUUCUGCCUGUAGCUUUCCUGUUGGGUUUGAUUGUCUUCCUGGCCGUCUGUUUCAAACGAAAUAGAGGUGACACAAAUAACAAUAUUAAGAAGGAGACCAACAAGCCAUUGCACUGCACCUCGGUGCACAGCCCGCAGGAUUGCUUCCCCUUUAAUCCUCCUGAGAAGCUGUGCCUGCUGGGAGGAAAGGACUCCAGCAACCCUUCCCUCUCGUCCUCAUCCUCCGGCAGAACAGAUCAAAGAUCCCUGUUGGAUCCUGAGCCUUCAGCCCAGAGCUGUGGGCCAGUUAUUCACAGCAGUCAGGAGGGGAGUGUGUGUCAUGACAGCCUACAGGCCAGCAACUCUGCCGUCACGCUCAAAAUCAGCGCUACCUUCAGCUGCCAUCUCUCACCCGGCACCCACCUGUGCCCUGUCCCCACCAGUCCCGUCAUAGACUCUACCCCCUCCAGCAGCAGCCUCCCCCUCUCCAAGGAGGAGGAGCGACAGAACCCCACCAAGGAGGCGCAGGCAGCUGUGCAAGAAAGCGGGAAGGUGGUGUGCUGAGUAGAGGAGCCAGGUGUGCAGGGAGGCCCUGGUUUGGGCUUCAAGGGGUCCAAUUCAAAAUACAGUGCAGCCAAUGAAGUGCAGCCGGUCUUCAUUCAUUGGCAUUCACAUUUACGACAUGCCUGAUACCUGAGCUGCAUGCACCUCGUCCUCUUGCAUAAACAUUUCUUAUUUGAUGUUUAUGGUUACCAUAAAACCCAGCUUUUUUGUGGUUGGGGGGGGGGGUGCUAAACAAACAUGGGGGAUCCUAUUAAUCCAGAACCCAGAAAAUCAGAACCCUGGCAGACCCGGGUAUAGCUGUGCAGUUCUGCCAGGAGGAGCAGUUCUGCCCUGUUGUAGAUCCCUUGUGUGUGGGAACCGGGGGAGGCGGUCCCUCCUUUCGUCCGUCCGUCCGUUUCCAGGCAGCGGCCCUCCCUCUGCUGCUAGGGGAGUUUCCAGGCAGCGGCCUCAGCGCUGUGCCAGGCAGUUGCGGCGCUGUCGCUGAACAUGUGCUGUCCUGCCAAGCAAAACUUACUCAGUCCUGGAGCAGCGGUCGAGAAAAACCUCAACGGCCUUCACUUCCUGGCAGAACGGCCUUUUGCUGGCAGAAGGGUCAUAACUUUCAACUGUGCUGUUGUUGACUUCACUCAGUGAGACUGCACAUCCCACUGAUUUUAUGCACGUAUAACUGAAGGAUGUAGAAUAUUCCAGGCCAACACCGUGACUACGUACAGUAUGUGCUAUUUACUUCCUGUUUGCUACUGACAGAUGUGGUGCAUUAUUUUGUAGUUAAUGAUAUUUGUCUAUUUUUUGUAUUUGAAUGUCAUAUUUAGAUGUUAUGUUUUUUUCUGAAUUGCUGUUACCGUACUGAUUGGUCCUCCCCGAUAUGAGAAAGGAAUAGAAAAAAAAUGAUUUCAGUAUUACUGAUGAAGAAAAUUUGCACGCUAUUGCAGACUUCAUUUGUGGAAAGUCUUAUUCUGAAGUUCAGUUAUUCAUUUGAAAGAGAUAGCAAUGUUUUUUUUGCAUGUCUAAUGACAGAAUGAACAAGAGAUAAAGCAGCCCCACACCAGAGUCCCACUAUUCAGUGUCUACUGUACCUUAUUGAGAAGUAGUUUAUAAAAUGUUUUUAUAUAUCCUUUGUCUUUGAUAAAAUAAUUUUUUUAAUGCUACAGAUAUAUUUAAUAAGAACAAACUUCCUUUAAAUCUGCACUCAGAUGGGUGUGUCAGUUAGCUUCAGCAUAGAUUUGAAGUUUUAACAAAGCAGUAGACCAGCUGCAGAAACUGUACAACUUAUGAAAUUUUGAAACUUUGUGCAUAUUUACAUAUUUCUGAUUACUUGUGACAUUAAAUGUACUAACCAGGAAAUAUUAACAUUUAUUGCCUCUAUAAUAGAGCAAAAUCAAUUAUUUGAAUAUAGGCAGUUGGGUUUAUACAUAAAGGACCAGGAUACUAUGUUUGGGCUUUGGCUCCAUCUAGGGGCUACAAACCCUUAAUCAUGUGGCAGUGAUCAAGAUUUGUUUUGAAAAUGUUUUGAGUUCAUUUUUUUUCAUUAGAUUCCAUAUUUUUUUAUACUUUGUGAAUAUUUCAUGCUCUAUGAAUUUUUUUUUAAUCAAAAGACAGAUACAAUUUCUUAACAAUGAAGUCAUUUUAAUUCAAAAUAAAUAAAAAAAUAUUUUGUAACUUUCUUGUAACAAUGUUUUAAUAUUUGGGGGCUGUACAGCAGUAAAUAAAACUAUUCAUUAUGUAAACAGCUUUAGUCAUUCAUCAUUUAGAAAACCAUAUUUAUUAGGUAAGCUAUGCAAACCAACAUUAUUGCUAGUUCCAUCCUAUGAUAGCAAUAAAGUACUCUAAAGUAUAAAACCAGGUUUUUUUUUCUUUUUUUUGAGAAAAAGGUCAAGCACCAGUUGUUGUCAUUCUGAAUAAUAACUGUAACAAAAGCCA